AUGGACGUGAUCAUGAUGCGUCAUGACCGGGAUGGAUCCGUGAAUGAUCGUAGAAGGGGCCUGCCAUUAGUGAAGUACGACAGGUUUUGCUCUUUUCCUGAUUGCCGAGUCGUUCACAGGCUUUGUGCGCUUAUCCUAAUUGCCAAAGUUACAAUGGAGCAACCACUGGGAAUAAAAUCUGUUACUGUCUUAUCCGUCGUUGCCAUGAUCAUAGCAAUAGUGCCGCUAGACUCGAUCAUAUUAUUACUUAAUGUCUUGUACUCGGACUUCAGACUCUUAGUCAAGACUCUGCGCGAUGUAUAUUCAAUGGUGAGUAAGUUUUUCAGCUACGGUAAGAACCAAAAUGCAGAAGUCCCGGCUCGUCGAUCUCCGGCCCCACCAAUCCGUGUGAGUUGUGAAACAGUGGACAACAUGGAGCUGUCCAGGCCGGAGGUGGAAACGGUGAUGGCGAAGCUGGGGAUCUUUGGGAACCUACGUUGCGAUGAUGACCGUGAUGAGGUUCAAGAGAGAAUAGGAGUCAGGGAAAUCGCAGCUCUUUUUGAGGAGGAAGGGCCAAGUCUGGAGGAAGUGAAGGAGGCGUUCUACGUGUUCGAUGGGAACUGUGAUGGGUACAUUGAUGCUGGAGAGCUGGGUGAUGUCCUCCGUAAGUUGGGCCUUGUGCAGCUCUGCGAGGUCGACUGCAGGAGCUUCAUUCAGGCCUUUGAUGACAAUGGGGAUGGAUUGAUUGAUUUCAGAGAGUUCAAAAAACUUGUGGAGAAAAGCUUCUCUCAAUGA